AUGGAUGCUGCUACCACUCUGUCGCUGGCCGCAACCGCGGCCUCUACUUUAAUCGCUGCGACUUCACCGCCCAGUCCAGUAUCAUAUCUAGGCACCUCCACAUCACCGUCGCCCUCUUCACACAUGCUGUACUACCAUGGGGCUCCUCCACCGGGUCAGGAUCCAAACGGCCAGGAUGAUGGGGAGUGUAGACUCCUUGGACCUUUCUCUCUGCUCGUCCAGGCCGCUCUGGGAGCACUGGCGCUGCUAUCAUUGGUAUUCAAGCGAUGGAGGGAACGACCUCAGCGGCCACUGAAAGUGUGGGCAUUCGAUGCGUCGAAACAAGUCUUUGGAUCGGGGAUGCUUCAUUUAGCGAAUCUCUUGAUGUCCAUGUUCUCGGCGGGUCAAUUUGAGAUUCGAACAACUUUCAGGCCGAACCCUUGCUCUUUCUACUUGCUGAAUUUGGGAAUCGAUUAUUUUGAAAAGACAACUCUCGGCAUCCCCAUUCUGAUCUUAAUCCUCCGCAUCCUGAACUACCUCGCCUCCUACACACCCCUCGCCAACCCACCCGAAUCCAUCGAAUCAGGAAACUACGGUCAACCACCCCGAGCCCUAUGGUGGCUCAAGCAGUCAAUGAUAUACUUCAUCGGACUUCUCGGCAUGAAAGUCUGCGUGUUCAUCGUGAUCUCGAUAUUCCCCUUCAUCGUCAAGGUCGGCGACUGGGCCCUGGGCUGGACAGAAGGAAACACCGCCUACCAGAUCGCCUUCGUCAUGCUCCUCUUCCCCGUCAUCAUGAACGCCAUCCAAUACUACAUAAUCGAUCAUUUCAUCAAGAAACCCCUCUCAUACGACAUUUACACCGCACCUGACACCAUCGAGGACGACGAGGAUAUCCACCGGCGAGAAGCUCUGUUGGACGGGCUGGACGAAGCUUACUCCACUGACUCUGACGACGAAACAAAUGGAAAACCGUCAGUCACAGUGUCUCAACCAAAGGCUACUGCAAAUGCCCUCCACGAAUCAGAGGAUGUCCUCACGGACGAAUUCUCACCGGUUCCGCCCUACGAGCCGCCGAGCUCGAGCUCUAGUAGCAGCCGCAACGAACGUGAUCGUGAACCGAAACAGGAUUUGUGA